GCAUCCAUCCCCAUGGGUGCGCUUGGACAUUUUUGAUGACGGUUUCUUUCUGACUUCGAUCCUCUUUCCUCGUCUUUAAUGGAUGUGCAAUACUAAAGGAACUUUGUUGGUUUUCUCGGAUGCCAGUUCGGAGCCAGGAUUCGCAAUAGAGGAAAAAGGACGAAAUGUAGUUUAUAAUGCAUGAUUUUCUUCCUUCCUUUCUUUCUUUCUUGAUGAUAUUCUUAUUCGUCGAGCUUCGCUGUACAGGGCAUUAUCGUGGAUUCCGUUUCUCCUCGCCAUGUUCUAAUGUCGAUUAUUAUGCUCUAAGCGCUAUUAGAGCUGAACUGUAUAUCUAUACGUGCAUGAUAUUGGUAGGACCGAAUAGACAAAAAAAACACUUCGUGAAGUGUGAUAUAUUAUUCAACGCUGCGACCAUUGAUCAAGAUAAAGUAGGCGUCGCUCACUUUUGCAUCAAUCUAGUUGUAUUCAUACAGAAAAAAGACACGCCAUAAAAUCUCCAUCCGUGCACCCAGCGACAGCAAAACGCGCAAAACGUGGGUAUAAUGUAUACGAAGCCAGAUAAGAAUAUGUGACGCAAAAGCAAGGGGGUAAAAAGCGGAAGUAAACUGGAGGUACCUA